GCAGAGGACGUUGGUCUGUCCGCGUCUCUUCAAUAUCAGCCUUAAAAAACCUGUGUGAGGUAAUUUAGCAGCGGACACCGGAGCGAUCGCCUCCGAGCGUCGAGUGGGCGGAGCCUGUCUCUCGGCGUGUUGUCGUCAUAGAGAUAGGUGCUGGAUGGUAAACGCUGCUAUGUACCGUGCCCCAGUCUGGAGGCUGAGCCCGAAAGAGGGAGACCGACUACCGCAGCUUCAGCUCGUUUUUUAAACAUUAAAGGAUAACUAACGCCGCUAACAACCCGGACGGCACGGCGCCCACGCUUUAAGAUCCAACUCUUCCAGCUGUCGUUCUGCAUCGACGGCACGCUGUGAGAAAAGACUACGCUCCGCUGUGCCUCAGUGCUCCUCAGACGCUUGUCCUUGACAUCCAAAUGUUGUGUGUCGAUUGCCAUGCCGCCCGUCCUCUAUGAGUUAUGACGACGGCUGCCUCCCUGACUCAGGAACGAGGCUCCUCCUCCACUCACCAGUGCGCAAAUCACAUGAUGUAAUGAAGAAGGGUCUUGAAAGUCUACUCUUCAAGGAGUCUGCCAGCAGGAUAUGAGUAUUUUGAGCCCUUUGACAGAUAACAAAUCAAACCUUGUGGGAAUUGUGGGAAGCCCAGAAGAAUACUCCAGAGUCAUGCAGUCAGAGGAGCUAUUCAGCAGGAAACUCAAAGCCCUGAAUGGUGGCAUGGGACCACCAGCCUCCAGCAUGCAGGGGAAACCUGACGGUGCAGGCAAAACAAAUGGAACUCCAGCAAUGCCUAAAAUGGGCGUCAGGGCCAGGGUGACAGAAUGGCCACCGAGGAAAGAUGGAUGGGAUGGGCGGCCUUCACCUAACUAUCAGAGUGUUAUACCAGUGUUUCAGAACGGCCAGCAGGAACAUGCGGUGGAAAUAUUAGAACAAGGUGAGGCCGUCUGUCUGGAAGUGGACUACACAGAUAAAUACACACUGAGUGACCUUCUCAGCCACUCCCCGCUGAAAGGUCUCCACCCUAUCCGUCAGCGUAGCAACAGCGAUGUCACCAUAAGUGACAUCGACUCUGAGGACAUAAUGGACCAGCAUGCUGUCAACCCAAACACUGGAGCCUCGCUGCACCGCGAGUACGGGAGCACAUCUUCCAUCGACCGCCAAGGCCUGAGUGGGGAUGGCUUUUUCACCAUGCUUAGGGGCUAUCGAGUGGAAACCCUGGACCACCGUAGCAUACCGCCCCUGGGUUUCCCAGAGUUGUUGCGUUGUGACGCAUCCCUCUCCCCCAGCUUGCAAACAGCAGCACAAAUCGCAAGGGGGGAGAUAGUCCACAUUCCAGGCUACGACUACAUAGAUAACUCUUUCCUCUACAGCCGUGAACCGGAGAAGUCUUUCAUGAGGCGUCUUAAAUCAGAGUCAUCUGAAACAUCUCUGUUCAGGAAAUUGCGGACCAUUAAGAGUGAGAGUGAUGCCUUGCGGCUCUCGAUAGAGGACGACCGGCGACCACUGAGCUUUCAGAAGUGCUUUGCCCAUUACGAUGUUCAGAGCGUGCUUUUUAACAUCAGCGAGGCGGUGGCUAGCAGAGCUAACCUGAGCCAGAGGAAGAACACUACAACCGGGGCUUCGGCAGCCUCAGCUGGACUAGGGGCUGGGGCUUGUGGAGUGUCCGGAGGUGGACCCGUGACGGGACCUGUCGUCGGGGCAGAUGGUGGAGCACCAGGAUGUAGCAGUGGAAACCCGCCUAUGUUUGAGUCUCCUCUGGGCAGCAGGGAGGACUUAAACCCCAAAGAGAACCUGGAUGUGGACGAAGGCGAUGGGAAGAGCAACAGUUUAGUGCUAAGCUGCCCACACUUUCGCAAUGAGAUCGGUGGAGAGGGCGAGAGGAAGAUCUCCCUCUCCAGAGCCAACAGUGCCAACUACAGUGGUAUGUCAGAGAGCUGCUCGUUUGAAUCAUCUCUAAGUUCCCACUGCACCAACGCCGGGGUCUCCGUGCUGGAGGUGCCACGAGAAAACCAGCCGAUCCACAGGGAGAAGGUCAAACGCUACAUCAUUGAGCACAUCGAUCUCGGAGCAUACUACUACCACAAAUACUUCUAUGGGAGAGAGCAUCAAAACUAUUUUGGGGUAGAUGAAAAUCUGGGACCGGUUGCAGUCAGCAUCCGCAGGGAGAAGCUGGAUGAUGGAAAGGAGAAAGAGGGAAUGCAGUACAACCAUCGAGUCACCUUCAGAACCAGUCAGCUGACCACCCUCCGCGGAGCCAUCCUGGAAGAUGCCAUUCCCUCCACGGCAAGACACGGUACGGCCCGCGGGCUGCCGCUCAAAGAAGUGCUCGAAUACGUCAUCCCCGAGCUGAACAUCCAGUGUCUGAGGCUGGCCCUCAACUCUCCCAAGGUCCCGGAGCAGCUUCUCAAGCUGGACGAGCAAGGGCUAAGCUUCCAGCACAAAGUGGGAGUGCUUUACUGCAAGGCCGGCCAGAGUACAGAAGAGGAGAUGUACAACAACGAGAGUGCUGGACCAGCGCUGGAGGAGUUCUUGGAUCUGCUCGGCCAGAGGGUGCGCCUCAAAGGCUUCACUAAGUACAGAGCUCAGCUGGAUAACAAGACUGACUCCACGGGCACGCACUCUCUUUACACUACCUAUAAGGACUAUGAGCUGAUGUUUCACGUGUCCACCAUGCUCCCCUACACACCGAACAACAGACAGCAGUUGUUAAGGAAGAGGCACAUUGGCAAUGAUAUCGUUACCAUAGUAUUCCAGGAGCCCGGGGCCCUUCCUUUCACUCCAAAAAACAUCCGCUCUCAUUUCCAACAUGUGUUUGUCAUCGUCAAGGUCCACAACCCCUGCACUGAUAACGUUUGCUACAGCGUGGCUGUGUCCAGAUCUAAAGACGUGCCUCCCUUUGGCCCCCCUAUUCCCAAGUCUGUAACUUUCCCAAAGUCAGCAGUUUUCAGGGACUUCCUGCUUGCAAAGGUCAUCAAUGGAGAAAACGCUGCGCACAAGUCGGAGAAGUUCCGCGCCAUGGCGACCCGUACGCGGCAGGAGUACCUGAAGGACUUAGCCGAGAACUUUGUCAGCACGGCUACUAUAGACUCUGCCGUCAAAUUCAGCUUCAUCACCCUCGGAGCCAAGAAGAAGGAGAAGGUGAAACCCAGGAAGGAUGCGCAUCUCCUCAGCGUGGGGGCCAUCACCUGGAGCGUCCGUGCCCGGGACUUCGGCCAGUCGAUGGACGUGGACUGCUUGCUCGGUAUAUCCAACGAGUUCAUCGUCCUCAUUGAGGAGGAGUCAAAGAAUGUGGUCUUCAACUGCUCGUGUCGCGACGUCAUCGGAUGGACCUCAGGGAUUAUGAGCAUUAAGAUCUUCUACGAGCGCGGGGAGUGUAUUAUGCUAUCCGCCCACGACAACUGCGGGGAAGACAUCAGGGAAAUGGUGCAAAGACUAGAGAUCACCACCAGAGGCUGUGAGACGUCAGAGAUGACUCUGCGACGGAACGGCCUCGGCCAGCUCGGUUUCCACGUCAACUUCGAGGGCAUCGUGGCAGACGUGGAGCCCUUCGGCUUUGCCUGGAAAGCAGGACUGAGGCAGGGCAGCCGACUUGUGGAGAUCUGCAAGGUGGCCGUUGCCACGCUCACUCACGAGCAGAUGAUUGACCUACUGCGGACAUCUGUUACUGUCAAAGUGGUUAUAAUCCAGCCUCACGAAGAUGGCACUCCCCGAAGGGGCUGCUCCGAGCUCUACCGCAUACCGAUGGUGGAGUACAAGGUCGACAGCGAGGGUACACCCUGUGAGUACAAGACGCCCUUCAGGAGAAACACCACCUGGCAUCGGGUGCCCACAGCUGCGGGACAACCUCUAUCCCGGGGCUCGCCCACUCAGGGCCCCGACCGCCUGCAGUGCCAGCAGAUCCUCCAACAGCACCAAGCAGCUAUCCCGCGAAGCACCUCCUUUGAUAGGAAGUUGCCAGAUGGGUCCAGGACAAUGCAGGACAUGGAGAAUCCGCAGGUCACCUCGUGUAACAAGGGAGACCAACACUACCGCAGCUCCCCCAGCAACCAGUCCUCCUCCAGUGAUCCAGGACCCUGUGGCAGCGGCACCUGGUCCCAGCAGCCUGGAUAUGACGGGUGUCCAUCCCCGAUCCUCCACGAGCGUGCAGGGGACAUCCAGGGAGGGGACGGAGAGAUCCACAGGGAGAGGGAGCCAACUCUGGAGAGGACGAGGUCUGCAGAGGCCAAAUGGCACAUCCCUUCCACCAAGAUCCUGAACCCGCUGAAGCAAAGAGAAGGAGGAAAAGACUCGCCCAACAAGCUGUCCAGGGCGGGUGAUAAAAACUCAAGUCACUCAAGUAGCAACACUCUUUCAAGCAACGCCUCCAGCAACAGCGACGAUAAGCACUUUGGCUCCGGGGACCUGAUGGACCCGGAGAUGCUGGGCCUGACUUACAUCAAAGGGGCGUCCACAGACAGCGGCAUAGACACUAAUCCCUGCGUGGCCCCCGGGGCCCGGGUGCUGCUGCAGAGCAGGGUGGGGGAGCAGGGGCACCCCUGGGCGUCGGAGCACCACGAGGACGGGGCGUCGGAGGAGGAUCACGGGAAAAUGUACUUGCCGCAGGGCUACGCUUCUGCCAUCAUGUCAAGUCACGUGACGGAGGGCAGUAUUGGAGACCUGAGCGAGAUCUCGUCCCAUUCGAGUGGCUCACACCACUCUGGCAGCCCACUGGCCCGUGGUGCCCGAUACUGUAUGUCCGCUGACUCCUCCAAGGUGUACACCAUCCCCCAGGCCAGCAGCUCAAGCCCGGGGCCAGAGCUGGGACCCGAGCCCGGGCCCAGCUCGGAGGCCUGCGGACAGACACGCACACAGUCCGAUUGCAAACUCCCAGUGGGCAUGAAGACGGCCGAUGGUGAUGGUGGUGAAGGUGAUGAUGAUGCCCACAGCACUGAGGGACCUCCCAGCAUUUCAGAGUGUGGAGGAGCAGAGAGCUUGUUAGCCUUCCUUCUCACAAUGCUGUCUGAGCGUUCAAGGCAGCUGUACGCACAAGAGGCCGCCUGCCGACUCCAGGCCGUCGAUCUGGAUGGAAAAUCACUGCAGAGACUUUCGAAAGAAGAAUAUCUAAAAAUGAUGCUGCCCGACAGCCCGCCAGGAGAAGACAGGAAUCGGAAGGUAUCAGCAAUGGACAGCUUGUCACCGAGGCGCUCCCUGUACCGAACGCUGUCGGACGAGAGCGUGUGCAGCAACCGCAAAGGCUCGUCGUACGCCAGCUCGCACAGCUCCAUGCUGGACCAAGCCAUGCCCAACGACAUACUGUUCAGCACCACCCCACCUUACCACAGCACGUUGCCUCCUCGCAUGAUCCACAACCAGGGAGCAUCCAACCUACGGAAUGAGUUUUGGUUCUCUGACGGCUCCUUGGCGGACAGGUCCAAGUUCAGCGACCCGGGCCUCAUGCCCCUCCCAGACACUGCCUCAGGCCUGGACUGGUCUCACCUGGUCGAUGCAGCACGAGCCUUCGAAGACCAGCGCGUGGCGUCUUUCUGCACCAUGACGGACAUGCAGCGGGCCGAGGCUCUGCAGAUCUCCAGGGAGCUAACCAGACGGGUGGUGGAGGCGGAGGGAGCGGCGCUGGAAGCAGACAGCUCUCCCUCCACGCUAACCGGCAAAGUCAACCAGUUGGAGGUGAUCCUCAGGCAGCUGCAGCACGACCUCAGAAAGGAGAAAGAGGAUAAGGCGAUGCUGCAGGAGGAGGUGCAGCACCUGAGGCAGGACAACAUGCGGCUGCAGGAGGAGAGCCAGACGGCGGCAGCUCAGCUCAGGAAGUUCACAGAGUGGUUCUUUCACACCAUCGACAAGAAGCCCUGAGAGUGAGGAAAAGCUGGACGGCCUUCACUCCUCCUGGGCACACACUCAACUCCUACUUAAGACUCCCGAAAUGAUCCACAGGCAAACAAAGUAUAAAACAAACCAUUACUGGCCCCCAAGAGUAAUCAAAGCCCCAUGCUUAGGAGACCGUCAUGCAGCCCUGUGUGUGUGUGUGUGUGUGUGUGUGUGUGUGUGUGUGCGUGUGUGUGUGAGACCUGAAACCCUGAUGUGGACCUUAGCUUUGGGAUCCUCCUCAGUUUGAAGUGCAGGGCUGUUCCUGACAUUAAUGCUUUCUCCAUCAUGGCAAACGAGACUCUUGGGAAACCUCCUCAUCUCCGGCGCUGGAGAGGAAUUAAGAAAGGCAACCCCGGGGGCCCCCCCGCCCGAGUCCCCGGGAUCUUCUUACAGUAGUGGAAUGUAAAGCUCAUUUACUGUAGUCAACAUAUAAUCUACCUACCUACCUAUGUCGCGUCAGUCUACUGUACUGUAUGCUCAGCUGUACUGUAUCAUACUGCACACACUGUCACAGCUGUUUCUGUGCCGACCGUCACGGACACAGGAAAGUAGAGAGGGCGAGGCGAGAAGGAUGGAGGAGGAGGAGGAGGAGGAGGAGGAGGAGGAGGAGGAAUGUACUGGACAAAAUGAAGUGGUACUUACUGUCUGCUUGCACCAAGAGGAAUCCACAUGUGGAAGUCUUGAAACGAACGGAGGGGGGGAGGAUGAAUGUAGCUCAACUGAGACCCUCUUUUUUUGUUUUGUUUUUUUUUUGUUUCUCUGGAUUUUCUGGUUCCCAAAGUCGCAAGUCAUUUUGAGGUUUUGAUGUUUGGAGCUUUUUCUUUGAAUCAAUUCCACCUUCUUUUCCUUUUCCUCCGUGCUGUAACGUAGGGUCACAUGGCAGUAAUUUUGAUGUUUAAAGGUGCUUUUCCCUACACACGUUUGUCAGUAGUUUCCAUUCACUGUCACAAUGUCCUAGCAAUAACAAAGUGGUAGUUACAAAACUGUGUUAAAAGUGAAAAUAAAACUUCAAAAAAAAUAAAUAAAAAAAAAGGAAAUAAAAAAUAGACGUUAGCACAAAACGUGAAGAGUUCCUGUGGAGAAGCAGUUGUUAUUUGACACGUAUUUAUAAAAACAGGAAGAGACUGUGCCUAAAACUCUUUGGUUGUAAAUGGAUUGUUUCUCUUUGCUUUUAGGUCUCUUUUAUAAACACAUGCCUUGUCUGUGGCUCACUGAUAUGAAAUCAUGUGUGUGAAUGUGUGCGUGCGUGUAGUUUAUCACAUCAAAAAAAAUGUGUUCUUAUGCAGUGGUUUCUAGAGCAGUAGAGCAGGCGCCAGUGAACCACACUUACAAUGCCAAAUGUGUUUAUUUCUGUACAUAUCUGCCACAGAAGUGUCUUGUAUUUAACACUAUUAUUUAAGCUUAUUUAACCUAAAGUUGUUUAUUUUAUUAAGGGCAUUUGUUUUUUUUUCUGCACUAAGGACAGAUAAAGCUCUGUGUAUGUUGUAAAGUGUGUAGCUUGCCAGGGCAAAAAAAAUACAAAAUAAAAAAACCUAUAUAUUUAAAUAUAUAAAUGAGGAUUUUGGAGAUUCCAACAUUUGGAUGCUGCUAGAUUAACAUUUUGCUGGUUUGUAUGCUUUUAAAAAAUGUCUCUCUCCAUAAACUUGUCUCAUCCCCGGUGGGACAUUGGUCGCUUUUUUUGUUUUGUUUUGUUUGUUUUUUUAAAUAAAUGUAGUUGUAAAAUUAAA